GUCAUAGUUUUAAUUCCACGUUACUCUAUAUAUAACUCACAAGACGAGGUUUUGCAUCGCCUCAUGAAGACCAUGUGGAAGUUUAUUAUAGUGAUGUAUUUUAUAUCGGUCGGACCAAGAGGAACAUCGACGGCUAGGCUGACAAUAUGGAGGAUGAAUGAAGAAGAUAUAGCACGAGGGUUUGCUUUUCAUAACAAGCUCCAAAGAGGUCUAGUUCCACCUCCACAAUGCCACCAUAGACUAAGCUCUCUUUCUCAUUCAAAGGUUUAUUCUUCCGAAAGUUAUGUUGCUUGCCCUUGAUCAUGCAUUGACCAUCACCAACCAUAUUUUUGCUCUUUUUAUCUUUCAUAUUUAGUUCUAUCCGUAGAAAUUUGAUCCGACUUAAACAAAAAUGGAAGAGUGUACUUAAAAUAUCUCAUCCGUUUCUAAAAGAUUCAUAUUUUACAAUUUUCAUAUUUAUUAAAAAAAUAUAUCAAAUUUUAGUUACCAAUACAUUAUUUUUUGUAAUCAACUAUUUCUCACAAGUUUUCACCAAUAUAAUUUUAAUAAAUAUAAUUAUGUUUUUUGAAGUUUACAAUUUACAUUUAAUUUAUGCAUUGAAAAUAUGAAAAAUGUAUCUUUUUAAAACAAAUUUUUUUCUAAUACAUGGAUCUUUUAGGAACGGAUGGAGUAUAUAAUUAGUAACUUGAUCAUUGACUAGCUAAUUAAUAGAGAUGCAAUAUAAAGGGCAAAUCUCCAAAAUAGCACCUUUCUAAGUUUAUAUCACAAAAAUAGCACUCAAAAACUAAAAUGACCAAAAUAACAUUUUAUCUUUUGAAAAAUUUAAAUUUUUUUAUUUUUCAAAAUUUGAAAUCUUAUCCCCAAAACCCCACUUUUCAAUUCUAAACCCUAAACCCUAAACCCCACUUC